GGGCUCAAAUGGGACCACCGUUUAUUUCUUUGCCCCCCCCAGGUGUUGGUGAUCGAUGGGCGGGGGCACCUCCUGGGCCGCCUGGCGGCCAUCGUGGCCAAGCAGGUGCUGCUGGGGCGUCGUGUGGUGGUGGUGAGGUGCGAAGGGAUCAACAUCUCUGGGAACUUCUAUAGGAAUAAGUUGAAGUUCCUGGCCUUCCUGCGGAAGCGGAUGAACACCAACCCGUCCCGGGGGCCGUAUCACUUCCGUGCCCCCAGCCGCAUCUUCUGGCGCACGGUGCGAGGGAUGCUGCCCCAUAAGACCAAGCGAGGGCAGGCGGCGCUGGAGAGGCUGAAGGUGUUUGAUGGGAUCCCCCCCCCGUAUGACAAGGUGAGACCCCCCCCAAAUUAACACAGAUCCCCCCCUUGA